AUGAGGUAUACGACCGUAUUUUUUACUCGUACUGCGAAUUAUGGAACUACACAUAUGAAAGAUUGUCCAAUAUUAUCAUUUGUUUUACCGCUACUGUUCGAAGGUAGUGAUGAUGAUUAUAUGAAAGAAACAAAUGUCUUUAAUCAUUUAUGGUUCACAAUAACCAAUGAUGGUUUAAAAUCUAUAAGAAAAUUUUCUGAUUAUACUGUUAAAAGUGUAAUGAAUGAACAAUUAAAGAGUCAGUCAACAUCAUUUCAAGCAUUACCUACAUAUUAUUGUGAAGAUGUAUUUUCAUUACUACAAGAAUGCAAGGUCGCAGAAAAAUGA